AUGGAGAGGCUUGACUGUACGGAACGAAAGCUGUCUAGACGGCUACUUGGCUACUUUUGGCCAAAGACUGAGGCGGUGAAAGAGGACCUGAGGACACUCGGCGUGGAUAGGCAGUUCAGGCGAGACGUAAGGUUUCGCAGAAUAUGGAAUAGCGACGAAUGGAUUGAUUCUGUGCAAGUUCUCGCAGAAGAUCGAGAAGGUUGGGCAGAGCUGUGUUCAAGGACGGCACACCUCGGCGAAGAUGCGGAAACUGUAGUGAGACAAGAGGAUGUUGCGGGAUUCUUUCUGUUCAACUUCGCCGUCGAUGACAUAAUGCAAAGAGCAGUUGAGCAGUGUCCCGCCAAUGUCAUUUUAGCGUCGUUUGCACGUCUCUUGGCUCGUCUCGAGUACGCUGACGAUGUGGUCACUUGGUCGAUCUCGAGUAGGCCGACGAUGUGGCAAUUUGGUUCUAGUAGCGAGACAUUGCUACAUGUUGUUAAUCUUGUUUUGAAAUUUGCUGCGGCCUACAGACUGGGACUCCACCCUGACAAAUGCGAAGAGGUGUGGGUUUUGUCAAGACCCUCAAAGGAAAUCAGGGUGGACGAACAACCUAUACCUCAGCCUAUUGAACUAGUGAAUAAGUUCUGUGAAGUUGAAGCCUGA